CUCUGUCGGAAGUUGGAGAGUUGCUGGCACUGAUGGUUGACUCACGUACGAUACAAGUUUGGGACGUGCUUUCCGGCUGCUGCAUCCGACGGCUUACUGGCCACGAAAGUGAGAUCAUACAUGCCGUGGCAUCGAAAGACGGUUCAGUCCUGGCCUCAACAACGGUUGAUGGAGCUAUCUAUAUGUGGGACACCUACAAGGCCCAGUGUUUACAGGUAAUACAAAAUCGGCACUAGUCAGCGUUGUUCAAAUCUGCUCUCUCCAACGAUGGCAAUAUCUUGGCAGUAAUCUCAGAUGAUGGCAUACUCCAACUCUGGCAGCCGACAACAACUAACCUUCUCCGGGUUCUGAAAGUCCAAAGUGCACCGAAAUAUGGCUUGUCGUCAGACGGUCAAGCACUCGAUAUAUCGAAGGAUGGGAGAUUCCUCGCAUCGGUGUCGUAUGGCCAGAUCCAACUCUGGGACAUCGAGACUGGUCGCUGCUGCCAGACUACAAACAUGGGGGUGGCAGAAUGUGCUGGGGUGGCCCUCUCUCCAGAUGGAAGUAUGCUAGCUACUUGUGCCCGCGUAUCGGUCAGACUCUGGGAUCUCAAGGCGGGCGAGGUUAUGGAUCCCCCUACCGUCAUUCGAACGAGAAAUCUCCGUGACGUUCGCUUCUCGCCACAUGGACGCUUGCUAGCAGACUUGUCCGUUGAUUUACAGCUAUACAUCUGGGAUACCGUUACAGGCAGAUGUCUGGGUGAUCUGGGACACACUCGUGACGCGAUGCGCGAGUUCGAACUUUGGGAGGUUCUACAAAGUCUACUCCCUGAUCCCAAAUUACAAUAUUGCAUCGAUCUCGCGAAUGAGGAGGAUGAUCCGGCCGAGGAACCACCAGUCAAUCUUGCUGCCUUGUGUUUCACCGAGGAUGAAAAGUUCUUGGUCUCGCGGAGCGGCCCCGACGCGAGAUUGUGGGAUAUUACGAACAAGACGUGCGUGCUCGCGGUCGACCUAAACAAAUCCACUGCGUCCAGAAGUGUCACUACGAAGAAGGAUCUCCACACGUUAGUACACACGGGAGUCGAGCUCCUGACCAGCUUAGAAGACCCUCAACCGAGGUUGACCCUGGAGGACAAUGAAUGGAUCCUCGCGGGGGCUCAGAAGCUGCUCCGGCUGCCACCCCAGUACACCAACUUGGAGGGCGCCGCCGCGUUCGAGAAUAUCAUUGCGAUCGCGUACAGUGCUGCCAGUGUCUUGAUUUUCCAUUUCCGCAGCGAGUUGUUAUGAGGUGCUGUAGUUAGUGCCUGCAGAGCAGGAGGAUAUUCCACGCUGGUUGUUUGUGAGCUAUGAUACCUGCGUUCGGUAUUCGCAGAGCAUUUGAUACACUCUGUCCUGCAAUUUUCUCUUAUUCACCAUUGUAUAUUAAACCGACACUCAGUUAAGAUAUGGCAGUAUGGGCCAUGGGA